AAAGGGACAGCUGGCUGUGAACUGAUGUCCUCACUGGGUUUCUGAAGACUUCCUUUAGUGAGAAGCAGAUUAACUUUGUGCUUGUUGGAGUUUCUACAGGAAGAUGAAGAUGUUUGUGGUGUUUGUGAUCCUCGUGCACGUUUCCCAGCAUACCUCAGCUGUGGAGCUGUAUGAGGGGGAGGAGUUUGUCCUGCUGCCCUGUGAGUUUCCCCCAUUGGACCUGAAAGACCCCACAGUGGUGUGGAGCCGCUACGAUCUCAAUCCUCCAACCGUCCACCAGCGUCAGCAGGAAGGUGAUGAACUUAAAGACCAAAACCAGCUUUACAGCGGCCGAACAUCCAUGAUGACUGACGCUCUGGAAACUGGAGACCUCAGCCUCAAGCUGACAAAACUCCAGCUCUCUGACAGCGGCAGCUACACCUGCACCGUCAGUGCGUUAGGAGGACAACAGAGAGUGAGAAACAUACAGUUGAAGGUCAAAGAACAUUUUCCAUCCUGGGCCAAAGUUCUCCUGGUUCUCCUGGUUCUCCUGGUUCUCCUGGUUCUCCUGGUUCUCGGUCUUGUUGCUGGGGGUCUUCUGGUACAUUUCCGGCACUAUUUCAUGUCAGUCUACCAGAUGGAGGUGGAGGAGGGGGUGGAGUCUGUCGAGCUACCCUGCAAAACCAGAGUUCACCUGCCUGAAAAUGUCACAGUGGAGUGGAGGGACAGAGACUACAGGAAGGUCCGUGUGUAUCAGAAUGGCUCUGACCAGCCUGAAGAACAGGACAGGUUUUACAGACACCGAACAGAGAUGAAGAGAAACCUGCUGAGACCUGGAGACCUCAGUCUGACCCUGAAAUACCCCACAGACAAAGACAGUAACACCUACACCUGCACAGUCUACAGCAGGGAGGGAGACAUCCUGAUGAAGAAACAAGUGGAUCUUGAGGUCAGAGUCUACCAGGUGGAGGUGGAUUCAGAGGUGGAGUCUGUCCUGCUGCCCUGCAAAACCACAGUUCACCUGCCUGAAGACGUCACAGUGGAGUGGACGGACAGAGAUGAUAAUGUGGUCCACAUGUAUCAGAACGGCUCUGACCAGCCUGAAGAACAGGACGAAUAUUACAGACACCGAACAGAGAUGAAGAGAAACCUGCGAGACCUGGAGACCUCAGUCUGA